AUGCCACCCAUCCUCCAGCGCCUGCAGCAGGCCACCAAGAUGAGCCGCAGGAAAAUCCUGCUGCUGGUGCUAGGAUGCAGCACCUUAAGCCUCCUCAUCCACCAGGGGGCGCAGCUCAGCUGGUACCCCAAGCUGUUCCCUCAGAGCUGCCCGCCUCUGCAGGACUCUCCGCCGCGCCCCAAGCACAUGACCGUAGCCUUUCUGAAGACGCACAAGACUGCGGGCACUACAGUGCAGAACAUCCUGUUCCGCUUCGCCGAGCGCCACAACCUGACCGUGGCCCUGCCGCACCCGAGCUGCGAGCACCAGUUCUGCUACCCGCGCAACUUCUCGGCGCACUUCGUGCACCCGGCCACGCGGCCGCCGCACAUGCUGGCCAGCCACCUGCGCUUCGACCGCGCGGAGCUGCAGCGCCUCAUGCCCCCGGGCACCGUCUACGUCACCAUCCUGCGCGAGCCGGCCGCCAUGUUCGAGUCGCUCUUCAGCUACUACAACCAGUACUGCCCCGCCUUCCGGCGCGUGCCCAACGCGUCGCUCGAGGCCUUCCUGAGCGCGCCCGAGGCCUACUACCGCGCAGGCGAGCACUUCGCCAUGUUCGCGCACAACACGCUGGCCUACGACCUGGGCGGUGACAACGAGCGCAGCCCGCGCGACGACGCCGCCUACCUGGCCGGCCUCAUCCGCCAGGUGGAGGAGGUCUUCUCGCUUGUCAUGAUCGCCGAGUACUUCGACGAGUCGCUCGUGCUGCUGCGGCGCCUGCUGGCUUGGGACCUGGACGACGUGCUCUACGCCAGGCUCAACGCGCGCGCCGCCAGCUCGCGCCUCGCCGCCAUCCCCGCGGCUCUCGCGAGGGCCGCGCGCGCCUGGAACGCGCUCGACGCCGGCCUCUACGACCACUUCAACGCCACCUUCUGGCGCCGCGUGGCGCUCGCCGGCCGCGCCUGCGUGGAGCGCGAGGCGCGCGAGCUGCGCGAGGCCCGAGAGCGCCUGCUGCGGCGCUGCUUUGGUGACGAGCCUGUGCUGCGGCCUGCGGCGCAGAUCCGCACCAAGCAGCUGCAGCCCUGGCAGCCCAGCCGCAAGGUGGACAUCAUGGGCUACGACCUGCCCAGCGGCCGCGCCGGCCCGGCCACCGAGGCCUGCCUCAAGCUGGCCAUGCCCGAGGUGCAGUACUCGAGCUACCUGCUGCGCAAGCAGAAGCGCCGAGGUGGCGUGCGCCCCCGGCCCGAACCGGUCCUGGACAAUCCCCCUCCUCGGCCCAUCCGGGCGCUGCCCCGGGGCCACUGA